AUUCCUGCCAGCAUUCAAUUCCAAAGAAAAUGGCAUUUUUUUCAGAUAUUCUCAGAUUCACUCUUCUUCUUCUUCUCACUCUACUGCUUUCUUCUUCUUCUUCUUCUCAGUUUGCACAUGGAUGCUACACUUCCAUAUUUGCAUUCGGCGAUUCACUGACUGACACUGGAAAUUAUCUUGCCUUGUGCCUGAAGGGACUUCAAUCUGAUGAUCGAUACCCCUACAUCGGCCUCCCGCCCUACGGAGAAACCUUCUUCCACCACCCCACCGGCCGCUGCUCCGACGGCCGUCUUGUUCUAGAUUUCAUCGCGGAGCAUUAUGGGGUUCCGCACGUGCAGCCAUACUUGGGCGGCCAGAAAGACAAUUUUGAAGGCGGCGUGAACUUCGCCGUCGCCGGAGUUACGGCCCUGGACGCUGAGUUUUAUCAGGAAAGAGGUAUUGAGCUGCAUAACAACAUAUCCAUGAGGACUCAACUCCAAUGGUUCAGAGAUUUGCUCCCAUCUCUCUGCAAAAACUCAAGCUGCACUGAAAUGUUUAAAAAAUCGUUAUUCGUAUUUGGACCGUUCGGCGGCGACGAUUAUGGUAACGCCAUCUUUCAGAAGAGCGUAGAGGAUGCCCAGUCAUUUCAGCCUCUCAUCAUCGACGCCGUCGCUUCUGCGGUUGAGGAAUUGAUCGAGUUAGGAGUGGUAAACAUGAUGGUCCCAGGAAUGAUGGCAGACGGAUGUUUAGCCGCCACGUUAUCAUUCUUCUAUGGUUCAAAUGAUGGGGAUUACAACCCAAAAACAGGUUGUCUGGAUUGGCUGAAUAAACAAUCAGAAAAUCACAACAUCCUUCUUCAAAAGGCACUGUCUCGCAUUCGAGACCGUCAUCCUAAUGUCUUCCUUGUAUACGCUGACUAUUACAAUGCGGGAUUACAACUUUACAACUCCCCAGAAAAUUUUGGAUUUGAAAGCAAACCACUAGAGGCUUGUUGUGGAGGAGGAGGACCAUACAAUUAUAACUCCAGCAGAAGAUGUGGCUAUCCACCCACCCACGCCUGCGUCGACCCUUCGGAUCAUAUCAACUGGGACGGUGCACACUUCACUGAGGCAGCAUAUCAUUGGAUUUCCAAGGGUUUACUGGAUGGCCUUUUCACCACUCCUCAUAUUAAUUCCUUGUGUUUGCAGGCAAACCAGAACGGGGGAAACACAUAUUAAUAUCCAAUAUUGUAUUUUAUUGUUUUUAAUAUGGUAUGAUUUCUUUCGAAUUUAAGCCAAACUCGAGCUAUCAUAUGUAUGAAGAUUGUAUAUAUGUUUUGGAUGAUUUCGUAGGCCU